AUGCCGGGAAUAAUAGCAAAUGAUAGUAUACAACAAAUGGUAGAUGAAAAACCGAAAUUACCUGAACAAAUUGAUUUAGAAGAAGCUGAAACAGCAUUAGCUGGAAAAGAUUACAAAUUGGCUCGAGAAUUACUUGAAAAAUUAGUUAAACUUGAAGUUAUUGUUGAUAAUGAAGAUUCAGUACGAAUUAAAGAAACAGCUGUACUUACUCUUGGAAGACUUUAUAAAGAAACAAAAGAUGCAAAAGCAUUAGCAUCUCUAAUUAAAACAACACGUCCAUUUCUUGGUCUUGUAAGCAAAGCUAAAGCAGCUAAACUUGUACGAACUCUUGUUGAUCUAUUUCUUGAUAUGGAAGCUGGUACUGGUGAAGAAGUUUCAUUGUGCCAAGAAAAUAUUGAAUGGGCUAAAAGUGAAAAUCGAACAUUUCUUCGACAAGAUCUUGAAGCACGUCUUGUUGCUUUAUAUUAUGACACACAUCGAUAUAAUGAAGCACUUACACUUGGUUCACAAUUACUUAAAGAAUUAAAAAAACUUGAUGAUAAACAAUUACUUGUUGAAGUUCAAUUAUUUGAAAGUAAAACAUAUUUUGCUUUAAGUAAUUUACAAAAAGCAAGAGCUGCAUUAACAUCAGCAAGAACAACAGCUAAUGGAAUUUAUACACCACCAAAACUUCAAGCAAGUCUUGAUUUACAAUCAGGAAUUCUUCAUGCUGCUGAAGAUAAAGAUUUUAAAACAGCAUUUUCAUAUUUUUAUGAAGCAUUUGAAGGUUAUGAUCAAAUCAAUAGUAAUAAGGGUAUUGUUGCACUUAAAUAUAUGUUAUUAUCAAAAGUUAUGAUGAAUACACCGGAUGAUGUUAAUGCACUUAUGUCAGUUAAAUUAGCACUUAAAUAUAGUGGUCGAGAUGUUGAAGCAAUGAAAGCAGUUGCACAAGCAAGUAAAAAAAGAUCAUUAGCUGAUUUUCAACAGGCAUUAAAAGAUUAUAAAACUGAAUUAUCUGAUGAUCCAAUGGUUCAUUCACAUUUAGGUACAUUAUAUGAUAAUUUACUUGAACAAAAUCUUUGUCGUCUUCUUGAACCAUUUUCUAAUGUUCAAAUAGAACAUAUUGCACAUUUGAUUAAUUUACCUCAAGAUGUUGUCGAGAAAAAACUCUCUCAAAUGAUUUUAGAUAAGAAAUUUAUUGGUAUUCUUGAUCAAGGUUCAUCGAAUAUAGUUAUUUUUGAUGAGACACCAUCGGAUACACAAUAUCAAGAUGCUUUAGUAAUCAUUCAAAAUAUGUCCAAAGUGGUUGAUACUCUUUUUAAAGCUCUAGAUCUUUUCGAUCAAAAAUUUGAAAUAUGUACAGAUUUUACUAUUGCUUUGGCAAUAAAAGCAUGUACUAUAUUAAAUGAUUACAAGCGUGGUAUAAAUAUUCAACAAAAGCUGUCAUCAAAUUCACUUAAUAAUUCUUAUAUUCAAACAUCAUUAAUUCACUUGCAUAUACAAUGUCAUGUUAUUGAUAAUGUAACUCGUCUAUUCUCUACAACUACAAACAAAUCUAAUUAUAUCUAUACACGUCUAAUCUCUAAUAACAUGCUGGAGAAAGUGCCUGAUUUCUUAGAUCAUAUGACAAUUGAACCUAACAAUUUUACUCUCACCAUUUUAUAUAAUACAUAUGCUCAACUUACCGCUGAUAGAUCAAUGAAGAUUAGAAGAAAACUUCUUGAUGAAACACCUAAUAAUUAUCGAAGCACUAGUAUCAUAUUAAAUUCAGCAAUACAUAUGUUAAUGAAAUUUGGUCAGAAUCAAUGUUCUGAACGUGUUUUUAGAUUUAUCAGAAAGAAAGAUAUUAUCCCUAGUAAUGCUAUGAUGAAAGGAUACAUCGAAAAUGAAAUGUCUGAAAAAGCAUUGGAUUUAUUUGAACAGAUCAAUUUAAACUUAGAAAAUAUAACUUAUACUAUUGUUUCUAAUACAUGUACUCAACUUACCCCUGACCAAGCAAUGAAGAUUGGAAAAAAACUUCUUGAUGAAAUGCCUGAUAAUUAUCAAAAUGACAAUAUUCUAUUAACCUCGACAACACAUAUGUUAAUUAAAUUUGAUGAUAUUCAAAGUGCUGAAUGUGUUGUUAAAUUAAUAAGAAACAAAGAUAUAAUUACUUAUACUGCUCUAAUGAAUGACUACAAUGUGAAUGAUGAACCAUGGAAAUGUUUGAAGAUUUUUGAAGGAAUGAAACAACAAGAUAUUGUUCUGGAUGAGAUCAUAGGGAAUGUAUUUAUUGAUGCAUGUUUACAAAUUGGUAUGAUUCGGCGAAGUCAGUAUAUUAUUGAUCAAAUUCCUUUACAUAUUCAAAAUCAAAUACAAAUCUUAUUAAUUGAUAUGUGGAGAACACGUAGUUCUGUUAAAAACGUACAAAAUGUAUAUAAAUCAGUUUAUGAUCGUGAUACAAUGUCAUACACUGCAAUGAUAAAUGGAUUUGGAUUUAAUGAAAUGAAUUCUGAAGCUAUUGAAUUAUAUAGACAAAUGCCGAACAAUCAAUGUGAUGAAGUUUCAUCUGUUUAUAUUUUAAAUACAUGUUCACAUUCGGAUCUUCUUCAUGAACUUCGGAAUAUCUUCAAUGAAAUUCCUGUCAAAACAGAAAAAAUCGUUACUAUUAUGAUUGAUUGUUUAAGUCGUUUGUUAUUAUUUGAUGAAGCACUACAGUUGAUAGAUGAAUAUGAAACGAUAAACUUACCAAAUUUUGUCAUGUAUAUAUGUUUAUUAUCUGGUACAUGUAAUAAUCGUAACAGGAAUUUAUCUGAGAAGAUAUAUAAUCGAAUGAAAUCUUUGUUUCAUUACAAAAAACAAGAUCUUCUAUCAGAUGCAAUUCUUCUUGCGAACAUAUAUUCUCCUGUUGGUGAACAUCAGCUAGCAAAAAACUCACGAUCUAAUCAAAUAAAAGAAUUACCAACGAAAGUCAACGUAGAACUAUCAUGGACUGAUGUAAAUGGUGAAGCAAUGUUCAAAGUUCAUGAUCGUUGUCAUCCUUUACCAUCAGAAAUCUAUAUUGAAGCUGAUCUUCUAACAUCUGAAUUAAUUAAAUACAGUUAUAACUUUGAUUCUUCUUGGAUGGCUGGUGAAUUACAUCAAGUAGUAACUAUUGAAUCUGUUUUAUGUGGUCUUGAAAAAUUAGCAAGAGCUUGUAAUUUCAUUCAACGACCUACUUUCGAAAUUAUUCAAUGUACUAAAAAUUUCCAUGUCUAUAGUGAUUGUUAUGAAGCUACAAAACUUAUAAAAAAAUUCGACAACAUCAUAUUAUUACUCGUGAUAUUAACUGCAUUCAUCAUUUUAUUCAAAUCGAUAAUGUUCUUGCACAUAUCAUUUUCGAUGGAUGUUGGACUCUCAACAGAACGAGAACAGCUACUGAUGAUAAAAUAA